AUGAGCGUGCUCCUCGAGACCUCACUGGGCGAUAUCGUGAUCGACCUCGAGACCGAGCUCUGCCCGAAGGCGUGCCUCAACUUCCUCAAGCUCUGCCAGGCGCACUACUACAAGCUCAACGCCUUCUUCUCGGUGCAGCGCGACUUUCUCGCCCAGACCGGCGACCCCACAAACACGGGCGAGGGUGGAGAGUCGAUUUGGUCCCGCUUGCCCUCGUCCUCGUCCUCCAAGUCGUCCUCGCCCUACUUCACGCCCGAGACGCACCCGACGCUCAAGCACAGCAGCAAGGGCACCGUCAGCUUCGCCUGCACGCGCGGCGCGGGCGAAGACGCCGACCUCGUGGCCGGCUCGCAGUUCUUCCUCACGCUCAAGGACGACAUCGGCUACCUCGACGGCAGGCACGCGCCCUUUGGCACCGUCGUCGAGGGCCAGGAGCCCGGCGGCACCCUCGACAAGAUCAACCAGGCAUUCACCGACGAAAAGCAGCGGCCACUCAAGGACAUCCGCAUCAGGCAUGUCGUCGUGCUCGAGGACCCCUUCCCGGACCCAGAAGGUUUCGUCCCGCCAUCUCGCUCCCCAUCGCCGACGCCGGAGCAGGUGCGCGCGCUGCGGCUGGCAGACGACGAGGACAUCAACGAGACGCGCGAUGCAGCCGAGAUCGAAGAGUCGCGCCGGCUGGCCGACUCGUCCGCCGCAGCAUUGACGCUCGAGAUGGUGGGCGACCUGCCGUUCGCCGAGAUUCGGCCGCCGGAAAACAUCCUCUUUGUGUGCAAGCUCAACCCAGUCACGCGGUCCGAGGACCUGGAGCUCAUCUUUUCGCGCUUCGGCCGCAUCCUGUCGUGCCAGGUCAUCAAGGACAAGCGCACCGGCGACUCGCUCCAGUACGCCUUUAUCGAGUUUGACAAAAAGGAAGACGCCGAGCGCGCCUACUUCAAGAUGCAGAACGUCCUCGUCGACGACCGCAGGAUCUGGGUCGACUUUAGCCAGAGCGUCAGCAAGCUCCAUGGCGACUGGAUCAAGACGCGCAACGGGGGCAGGGAGGUGCCAGAGGGCUACUACGAUGGCAAGGGCGGGCGCGGUGGCGCUGGCGGACGAGGAGGGGGAGGGGGAGCUCGCGGCGGUGGUGGUGGCGGCGGGAGGAGGUACGACGGCGACAUGGAGGCCGCGCUCGCCGCCGCCUGCGCCAAACUCGAGACGGGACGAUCGCAACGGCGGCCGUGGAAGCGACGGUCGAGACCGAUACCGGGACGGCGGGAGCGGAAGGGAUGCGCCGAGGUACGACGACCGCGAUCGACGGCGGCACGAGGAUGA